AUGUACAACAUUACAGCUGAUGAAUAUACCACACGCCGCAAAGAACUGUGGAUUCAAGGCUACAGUUAUCUGUUCUAUGUAGCCAAAGUGUUAGUCAUGACAAUAUCUAUCGGCCUCAACGUCACUGUGCUGGUGACAAUCAAACUCAGCAAACGUCUCAGGACAAUCCCAUGUCUCUACAUGGUAUCAUUGGCUGUUAGCGAUCUCACAUUUUCCUGCAAUGGAAUAUUUCACAGUACAAUAGUAAUUAUCGUAGCGUGCACACACGACUGGCCUUCCUAUCAGAUGGCCAAUACUUUUGGGACAAGCGUUACCUUUGUGUUCUUUUUUAGCAUUUUUUCAACAUAUGGAAACCUUAUUCUCAUUUCCCUAGAACGGUGGGUCUAUAUUUCUCAGCCAUUUUGGUACCAACGAGUUAUUUCUCAUCGGCUUGCAGUCUUCAGUAUAGCUUGUAUAUGGAUAGCGUCUACAGUCGUAAAUGUGGACAUCUUGAUUACAGGAGACGAUUUUCCCGUAAUCAACAAAGAGAUGGUUAAGUACGGCAUUAUAUUUCCAGCCUUGCAUUUCAUUUGGUGUGUCAUCAUCUGCAGCAUCUACAUACAUAUCGCGGUUAUUACUUUAAGACACAUUAAAGCAAUGAAGAAAACUGCAUAUGUGUGUAUCGCUGCAAAUACAGAUAACGAAGAUCUUAAGCUGAUGGUGCUAAAAAAGAAAAUGGCCCACGUACGAAUGUUGCUGUUCGUGUUUGGAUCAUUCUUCCUUCUUCUAACACCCACGUUUUGUUGCAACAUCUACGCAACAAUUACCAAAAAAAUAAACGGCGAUCUCAUGGGCUUCGCCAAACUGCUGAUGUGCGCCCAUAGUUGCAGCAACUUUUUUGUCUACGCUUUCCAAGACAAGGAAUUCAAAAGGGCUUUAGGGAAAUUAUUUGGCAAGUAUGGAUUUGGCCGCGAUGACACUAAGGUUUACCCUAAACAAGUUUAUAGUUCAACAGUAGGAUUCGACACCGGUCAUAGUAAGACCUAUCCAUCCUUUGACUAA